CAACAAAUCCCCAAACCCUAAACACCUCACGUGCAUGUCUCGUGACUUGUAAACUCCAGAAGCAAAAACAACACAGAGGCGCCGCAAGAACCUAGAAACACAAAUAGUCCAAUCUGAACCGUCCGUUUUCCUUCCGCGUCAUCGAUCCGCGUCAUCAACGGUCCAGAUCAAAUAUCCCCCGAACCUAUUCUGCGUAACGAAGAACCUCAGUCUCAAAAAAUCCCCCUUUUCUCACACUUUCAAUCCCCAAAAAUCUCAAAACAAUUCGAUUUCUAAUUUAAAAUUCUAUUCGAAUUUCGAUGGCUGUGAUUGACAAGGAGUUUGUGGAGGAGAACGAGGUGGUGGAAUUGGACGGCGAGGAUGACGUCGUUGAUGAUCCCGAGAAAGGCGACAGUGAAGUGGAGGAAGAUGGAGAUGAUGAUGAAGAUGAUGAUGACGACGAUGACGAUGAGGAUGAUGAUGAUGACGAUGAUGAGGUGGAUGAGCAGGAGGUGUUGCACACCGCUGGUGGACCGCCGGUUCAGUCGGUAGAUGAUGAAGAUGAAGAUGAGGAGGGGGAGGAUGAUGAGGAUGAUGAUGGCGAUGACGAUGACGACGACGAUGACGAUGAUGACGAAGGCGAUGAUGAGGAAGCUGAAGAGGAGGAUAUGGGAACUGAGUACCUGAUUAGGCCUGUGGUUGGUGCCGAAGAGGAAGAAGAGGCUAGCGAUUUUGAACCAGAAGAAAAUGGUGAGGAAGAUGAAUUUGAUGAAGAUGAUGACACUGGUGGGAAGGUUGAGGCUCCAGCAAAGAGGAAGAGAUCAGACAAAGAAGAUUCUGAUGAUUCUGAUGAUGGUGGAGAGGAUGAUGUGAGACCAUCCAAGAGAUAGAUGUGGUUUCUUUGGUUGAAGAAUGACUGUAACACAUAGGUCACUCUCUUUGACCCUCUCUUAAAAUAUCCAUCUACCCCUCUGUAGAAGGUUGGAAUGCUCUAUACUGGGUGUUUCUCCUUCAUAUAAUUUUAAGUUACUUUAGUUUAUGGUUGUUUGAUCGUAGAUUGCAUAGUCAUAUGGUUCCAGAGAACAGUUGGAGACUACUUGAUUUAGGUUUUGUGUAAGUUAUGAAACUAGUGACAUUUUAAAGUUCAUUUUAAUUUUCAUCUUUUAGGUAUAAUGCAGAUUACUUGAGCAAGUUUCAUGUUGAGAAA